AUCGGCGGCAAGCUACGGCAUGGCCUCUAAAUUCCCCGAUUGGCUACUGAGUAAGCUCAGAAGAGAGAAGUGGGUUUCCCCCUUUCUCAACUUUAAACCAACUCCCGACAAGAUGGGAGCUUCGAAUCUGAGUCAUGGCCAUAGACGCUUGUAACAUAAGGGAUUGCAGCUUGACAUGUUGUGUCUGCAAUUGAUGAAGUUUGUGGCUCCAUUGAAUAGCUUCCUUUCUCUGCAUUGUUGCAGCGUCACGUUCUCACCAUGCCAAGACAAUAGGCAAAGACCGCCCGAUGACCAUGUCCAUUGGCUGGGCAAGACAUGGGUUGCUCAUCUCUUCUUAGCCUGGCCUCCGGCAACGUUCAACGUACCUAAAGACCUCAUUAUGUACCCUAGUGAUGGACACCUCCAAGGUAGAGAAGGUAAGGCGGAAGCCGCUCCCAUCAGCUCCACCUUCGCCAUCGCCAGAAUAUUCGGAUAUCUUCGAUGACUACUUUGACGAUCAAGUUCAAGAUGAGCUCCUGGCCGAACAGGCCAAGAAUGGGAGUCUGGUGACUCGGCCAUCUAUGCCUCCACGGCCCAAUACAGUGCCAUUGGACGCCGGCAGUUCCGCGCCGUCCGUGGCCCCGGCACCAACCACCACAACAAUGACUGGGGAUGGACCCAAGUCUAUGUGGAAGACGGCCCUCGAUGAGACCAUCCAUUUUGCCGGCGGGCUGAUAUCUCACCCGUUCGAAUCCACCAAACACUUCAGUAUUCUCCGGCAUUCAUCAGGGUUGGUAUUCUACCGCGGGCCCACAACCAGCAUCACCAUCACCAUCUUCGCCGACGCACCUCUGCCGGCUGAUCGUUCUCUUUGGCUGCAACGCAAGGGCUAUUCCGGCAACAUGGGGAUGAACGCCAGCGCACUACUAGGUACGACUACCAACUGGAUUGACGUGACACCUUCUUCCGAGGGACUUGUCCGCGACAUUCCCGAAUCUGAUGAACGCGCUUGGCAGCGGGACCUGAAGAAGUUCUCCAAGAAAACGGCCAAGCAUAAGACUAUGUCAAAACACGCCGCAAGGGAAACCUGUAUCAUCCGAAUUCCGGCAGCGGCCGAAGAUGGAUAUCUGCGCAUCGUCAUGUGUACUGGAGACCGUCGGAAGAAGGUGCUCUGUCCCAGCCCCGUCUUUCGCGUCGCCAGUACCUCGAGCGACGUGAGCAUCCUCCGCGGCGCAAGCCUCGCGACUCUGCCGCUAGAAACUGGGCUGAAAGCAGCCUCUGUCAUCGGGACCGCCAUGGCGAAUAAGUAUAUCGGCCCUGCGCGCGCCGUGGUUCAGGGUGGGCUAGGGAAGUGCACAGAAAAGUUUACGCCGGGUAUCGUCACCAAGCAUGUGGCCAAAAAUGCCGACCACAUUGCCUACGCCAAAUCUGGCUUGCAAGAUAAGUUUGAGGCCUUGGAACAACAUUUCGACAGCGCCAGGGACGUUUCAUACGACCCUCUCCCGGUCCAAGCCGCGUUCGAUUCCCCGCCUGAGGUUGUCGGGCACGAUUCCGGACCCGAGCUGCCGUUUCCGAUUCGGCUGGAUGGGAAGGUGGUGGAAAGCACUGGCCAGGGCCAAUUGCAGACCGGCAUCCCCACGGCGAACUUGUGUGGUGUUGACGACGACCUUCUCGCUCGCCUCAAGGGGAUAUACAUGGGGUGGGCCAGCGUAGAGCCCAGAAAGGGCCUCGAGGACAUUCCUCAUGACUGGCACGAGGCAAUCAUCAUUAUUGCCCCGUCACCUCACGCCGCGCGUCGAGUAGUCUCCAAGAACGUCGCCGCCGUUCACAUUAUUCACGACUUUGGCCCCGCGAAAUUCUUCGACGCCAAACUCAAGGUAGUGGCCAUGGCAUGUCUCUGCCGAGUGCCAGAAGUCAACCCGACCCGACCGUUGGACGACCUAGCCGAAGCGGUCAGGAGGAACGUUAACAUCACGCUAGCUAGUCUGAGCCGCGAGCACUGGGAGCCAGAGAUGACCAUCUAUCGAUUGAAGACGGAGAAGAGCAGUCACUCGUUGGCGGAUAAGUACGUUGAAGCACGAACGCAGCUUCAGAAACGGGUUGAUAGUGUACCGCUGCAUUUGGCAGGUGUGAGGACAGCCGGAAUGGAGAAGAUGGACAAGAUACACGGGAAUGGAGGUCUUUGGAUACGUCGUUGAGAUCUUGUUCGCGUUAGUGCCAGUAGCAGGUGCAUAAUGGUUUCCUGUCUGUAAUGUAGAGCAUAAUUUAUAGACUACUCUGUAAGCAUUGAUAUGUACACUAAUCUAGAUGAAAACAACGGAACGUAGGGGUUGCUGGCACAUAUAUGUACACUAUAAGGCACUAGCGCGAAGGCUUUCCCAACAUAUGGGUCUGACCCACUCGUCAAACAAAAUGUUCCAAAUUUGCCCAAGUAGCUCGAUACACUAUCGGUGAUCUAAUUGGUGCUUUUACUAUUACGCCCAGCUGGACGAC